CGUGUUCAGACGUGUUCGGAAAAAACAAAAUAAAAACCUGAAGCCAAAAGCGCUAGCGGAGUGAAGAGAAAAAACAAAACAAAAGCAAAGCCAAACCAAAACCAAGUGAAAAGCGGUCAGUCAGCAAAAGAGUGAAAAAGUGAAAUUCGGGCCCAAAACACCAUUUGGCCAGCAAAAGAAAAGUGCUUAGCAAAACUAAAGUGACGCAUUACGUUUACGCAGUGCUUGGAUUAAACCACGCGUUUGCCGUCGCAUUUCUGUGGAUUACCUUCGGCGGCAACGCAACUUUCGUGGAUUACCCAUAGAACCAAAUAGCGAUCGCCGAAAUGGUGGUUUUGGAGGGAGGCGGCGGUGUUGUUACCAUUGGUAACAACCAGUACCUUCAGCCGGACUAUUUGGCCCCGUUGCCAACAACGAUGGACGCCAAGAAAAGUCCUUUGGCUUUACUCGCACAGACCUGCUCCCAAAUUGGAGCCGAUUCGUCGGCCGUGAAGCCUCUGCUGGCGAUGGACAAGAACAAGACAAAGCCCGGAGCCUGCUCCUCGUCAUCGAACUCGUCGAGUUCCUCUAGCAGCGCUGAAAUUUCGGCAGCCAAGUCACCCUCCGGCCAGGCCAAGUCGCCCAAGUCCAGCACACCGAUCAGCGCCACCGCCACCAGCGGGAGCACCAUUGCACCCACCACCGGCGAGAUCAAGCUGGCCUUCAAGCCCUACGAGACCAAUGUGCUGAGCCACCAGAACCAGAACACCUUCAAGAGCAGCGCCUCGGUGGAAUCCUCCGCGGAGCCCACUCGGCCCAGCUCCAAGAACUCCUCGUCCGCACAGGAACGUGUGCCGUCGCGCAGCAGGUCCAAUGCCACGCCCACAGACGGCAUUAAGACGGAGCCUAAUGGCCACGAUUCGGCCAGCCGUAAGACUGUCUCCCCCUCGGGAUCGGGAUCCUCGCAACGCGGCGCCAGUCCCAUUGUCCGCUCUGGGAUGGAAGUGCUGAGCAACGCCAACGGCACCGCCCAGCAUCCCAAGGAGAUGAGCAGCAUGGCGGCAGCAGCAGCAGCUGCGGCGGCUGCCUACAAGGCCGCCGGUCCCUAUGGCCUGAAUCCCUUGUCCGCCCUCUGCUGCCCGCCUGGCAUGGAGCAGCAUGCGAAUCCCGCCUUCCGUCCGCCCUUUGCCGGCGGCUUCUCGCACCAUCACGCUGCCAUGCUGGCGGCAGCAGCCAACGGUGGUUAUCCGGGCGGAGCUCCAGGCGGAGGACCAGCGGGUCAGCCGAAUCCCUACAUCAGCUAUCAGAGGAUUAAGACACCGGCCGGCGGUGAGGCCAUAGUGCCCGUGUGCAAGGAUCCCUACUGCCCCGGGUGCCCCUACUCGGCGCACACGCAACAGAUGUUAAUGGGUGCUCCAUGCCCCGCCGGUUGCACCCAGUGUGAGCACCAGAAGUACGGUCUGGCCAUGGCCAGUGCGGCUGGACUGCCACCGGCGCACCCGUACUCACAGGCAGCGGCCCAGGCCGCGGCCAAUGCGGCAGCUGCCCGCUCCGCCCCCUACGUCUGCAGCUGGGUGGUGGGCGAUGCCUACUGUGGCAAGCGGUUCCAGACCUCCGACGAGCUCUUCUCCCACCUACGCACCCACACCGGCAACCUCUCGGAUCCGGCGGCUGCCGCUGCAGCGCUGGCCCAAUCGCAGGCUCAAUCCCUGCUGGGCACGCUCUUCCCGCCGUCUGCCCUGCGUGCCGGCUACCCCACACCGCCCCUGAGUCCCAUGUCUGCGGCGGCGGCAGCGGCACGGUAUCAUCCGUAUGCCAAGCCACCGCCGGGAGCUCUGGCCGGAGGACCGUCUCCCUUCGGAGCCGGUGGAGCCUUCAAUCCGGCAGCAGCUGCAGCGGCGGCUGCUCUGGGACCCUACUACUCGCCAUAUGCCAUGUAUGGCCAGAGGAUGGGAGCAGCGCACCAGUAGGAUGGGGAGCAAAGGAAGCACUAGCGUUAGAUACCAAAAAGGAGGAGCAUAUGACCCUGUUUGAGAUAAUUUCAAAGAAACGAGAACAAAAAACAAAACAAAAUGAUUGCAAAGGCUGACACAUCUCUGGCUUUUGCGCUAUUCUGUGAUACUAAACUGUAGUUUAAAGAGCGCUAGUUACACUUAAGUUCAACACGAAAAUCGUCAAACCACCUAAAGAAAAACAAGAAAAUAGUAGCCAGACAGCCGCAAAAAAUAGCAGAUCACCUUUUUUCUAAUCCUUAAUGUCUACAAUAAUCAAUUCGCAAGGACACUGUUGCAAGGAGGCGGUUCUCACUCACUUUUAUUUGUUCUCAAAGUUCAACCAAAGUUCUUAAGUCUUAGCCGGGACAACACGUUCGAUGACUUCCAAUUCUGUUAAUGAAAAAUCCAUUGCUGAGAUGUUGAAACAUUGUUUUAGUUUUAGUUUCGCUAUUAACUAUUCUUACCAUUAUCUACAAGCAUACAAGCAACAACAACAACCAACAAUUAAAAUAAAAUGUUCUUUAAGUCAACUUUAUAAGUAAUGUAAGCAUGAUAAAACAUAUUUGUAAUAACAAACAAUCAUAAAAAACAGAGAGAAAAAAACAAACAAAAAAUUAAUAAAUACGAAAAAUAAAAAUGAAUAUUUCAUAUAAUUAUGUACUGUGUGUAAAUUCUAUAUAGAUAUUAAAUUAGAUUUGCUAUUUACUCCUUGAUGUACGCGAAAACAAAAGCCACAACACGAUCUACACAAGAAGCCACAGAUAUCAAAGAACACGAAAAGUAAUUUAAACUAAACGGAAACACAUUCGUAUGAAAUCGAAAUAUAC